ACCACUUCUUCUUCUUCGGCAGAGAAAACCACCAUUUUCUUUCUAGAAGCUUCCUGUAAUACACUCUAGUCUAAUACCUCCGACGAGUUUGCCGGAAUAUGAGUCGCUAUGAUAGCCGUCCGGCGGACCCUGGCUCUUACCGUGACCGUCGCAGUGAUUCAGGCUUCGGUGGGGGCUCAAAUUAUAGGUCAUCAUCAUCGAGCAGGAGAGAUUCCGAGGGUAAGGAGUCGCCACGGAAGGUUAAUUUGGAUGAUUUGCCUCCAUUUGAGAAGAAUUUCUAUGUUGAAUCACCAUCCAUAGCAGCAAUGACUGAAGGUGAGGUGGAAGAGUAUAGACGACGACGGGAGAUCACUAUUGAGGGCCGUGAUGUGCCCAAGCCUAUAAAGUCCUUUCAUGACGUAGGAUUUCCAGAUUAUGUCUUGCAAGAAAUCGAAAAAGCUGGCUUCACUGAACCUACACCUAUUCAAGCUCAAGGUUGGCCUAUGGCCUUGAAGGGUCGUGAUCUCAUUGGCAUAGCAGAAACAGGGUCUGGGAAGACAAUUGCUUAUCUGUUGCCUGCAAUUGUGCACGUUAAUGCCCAGCCCAUUUUAGAUCAUGGAGAUGGUCCAAUUGUCUUAGUGUUAGCCCCAACUCGUGAACUUGCUGUUCAGAUUCAGGAAGAAGCUACUAAGUUUGGUGCAUCAUCGCGGAUUAAGAAUACCUGCAUUUAUGGUGGGGUUCCAAAAGGGCCCCAAGUUCGUGAUCUUCAGAAAGGUGUUGAAAUUGUUAUUGCCACACCUGGAAGGUUGAUUGAUAUGUUAGAAUCUAAUCAUACAAACCUUCGAAGAGUGACAUAUCUCGUGCUGGAUGAGGCUGACCGCAUGCUAGACAUGGGUUUUGAACCUCAGAUCCGCAAAAUUGUUUCUCAGAUACGCCCAGAUCGUCAAACGCUGUAUUGGAGUGCCACAUGGCCCAAAGAAGUUGAGCAGCUUGCAAGACAAUUCCUUUUCAACGCAUACAAAGUAAUUAUUGGUUCAGCUGACCUGAAAGCUAAUCAUGCUAUUCGUCAGCAUGUGGAAAUCGUCUCGGAGAGCCAGAAGUAUAAUAAAUUAGUAAAGUUGCUGGAAGAUAUUAUGGAUGGUAGUCGGAUUUUAAUAUUCAUGGACACUAAAAAGGGGUGUGACCAAGUAACUCGGCAGCUCCGGAUGGAUGGUUGGCCUGCACUUUCUAUUCAUGGUGAUAAGAGUCAAGCAGAAAGAGAUUGGGUCCUUUCAGAAUUCAAAGCUGGAAAGUCUCCUAUAAUGACAGCUACAGACGUUGCUGCUCGAGGUCUAGAUGUGAAGGAUGUAAAGUUUGUAAUCAACUAUGAUUUUCCUGGAUCAUUGGAGGACUAUGUUCACCGAAUUGGUAGAACGGGAAGAGCUGGUGCCUCAGGGACAGCAUACACAUUCUUUACUGCAGCGAAUGCUAGGUUUGCGAAGGACCUUGUUAACAUUCUUGAGGAGGCCGGACAGAAAGUCAGUCCUGAAUUGGCAAAAAUGGGACGUGGUGCUCCUCCCCCUCCUGGUCACGGAGGGUUUCGAGACCGUGGAAGGGGUUAUGGAGGCAAUAAGCAGUGGAGCUAGAAGAGACUGGUGGGUACUACCAAAAGGCAAAUGUUGCAUUUCCUUUCAAAGUAGUAAUUUUGCCCCAGCCGAUGAAAAUCUAUUACACAUUUUAUAGCAAUGAGAUCAUGACCCUAUUUAUGUUGCAUGUAUAAUAUGUUUGGAUUAUUUCAGUAGAAGGUGAAAAAGUGAACAAUCUUUAUUUAGUAUUGUUUUCUUUUUUUUGUUACUCUCAAAUUCGUCACGAAUUACUAAAAGUUGUAGUUAUCUGGGAGUGUAUGUUGCAAGUUGCAACUUGCAAGAAAUUCGUUAAAACAGUGCAAUUUCAAACUCAAAUUAUCUGGGA